CUUUAUUGAACUCUUCCUUACAUUUCAUCCUUAUUUUCUUUUAGAAGUGGAAAAACAACUUAGGUUUGAUGUUUUGUGUGCCAUCAACUGAAACUGGGGCCAUCAUGAAUAUAACCAAGGGUGGACUGGUGCUGUUUUCAGCUAAUUCAAAUUCGUCAUGCAUGGAACUAUCGAAGAGGAUUGCUGAGCGUUUAGGAGUUGAGAUGGGGAAAGUUCAGGUUUAUCAAGAGCCAAACAGAGAAACAAGAGUGCAGAUUCAGGAGUCUGUGAGAGGAAAGGAUGUAUUUAUCAUCCAAACAGUUUCAAAGGAUGUGAAUACUACAAUCAUGGAACUCCUGAUCAUGGUGUACGCUUGUAAAACCUCCUGUGCCAAAAGCAUUAUUGGAGUGAUUCCUUACUUCCCGUACAGCAAACAGUGCAAGAUGAGGAAAAGGGGCUCCAUUGUCUCCAAAUUACUGGCUUCAAUGAUGUGCAAAGCUGGACUAACUCAUCUUAUUACCAUGGAUUUACAUCAGAAGGAAAUACAGGGCUUCUUCAAUAUUCCAGUUGAUAACUUGAGAGCAUCUCCAUUUUUACUACAGUACAUCCAAGAAGAGAUACCAGACUACAGGAAUGCUGUAAUUGUGGCCAAAUCACCUGCGUCUGCAAAGAGGGCACAGUCAUUUGCUGAGCGCUUACGGUUGGGAAUUGCUGUGAUUCAUGGGGAAGCUCAAGAUGCUGAGUCUGACAUGGUGGAUGGUCGACACUCACCACCUACAGCCAAAAAUGUAGCUGCUAUUCAUCCCAGUUUGGAGAUACCCAUGCUGAUUCCCAAGGAAAAACCACCCAUCACAGUUGUUGGAGAUGUAGGAGGAAGAAUAGCUAUCAUUGUGGAUGACAUUAUAGAUGAUGUUGACAGCUUUCUUGCUGCAGCUGAGACCCUCAAGGAAAGGGGGGCUUACAAGAUCUUUGUAAUGGCCACACAUGGCCUCUUAUCUUCAGAUGCUCCCAGGCUGAUAGAGGAAUCUGCAAUCGAUGAAGUGGUUGUUACAAACACAAUUCCCCAUGAAAUACAAAAACUCCAGUGCCCUAAAAUCAAGACUGUGGAUAUCAGCAUGAUCCUCUCAGAAGCCAUUCGCAGGAUCCAUAACGGGGAGUCCAUGUCGUACCUUUUCAGAAAUAUAGGACUGGAUGAUUAAUGCUUUUUAUUCUGAAGAAACACCCCGGGCCAAACUGGAAGCGAACAGAUAAUGAGCUGUGAAGCAUCAUGCUUACCUUAAUAUUUCUGUUGAGCCACUUCUUGUUUUCUCUUGGUUUAAGUAUCAAGAUAGAACAGUUUUUAAAAGCUUCUUUUUUUUUUUUCUUUCUUUGCAGGGUUGUGGUUUUUUUUGGAGGGGUGGGUGGGGAAUAAACAUUCUACAAAAACCAGUUCUAGUUGCUUUUAGGUUAGUUGCACUAUAUACAUGAUGGAAAAAAAACCCCACAAAACACUUGAGGCAAGAAUUUGGCUUCUAAAUUAAGCAUUCCUUUUCCAAAGCUGCUUGCUACAAGUGCUUUAAAAGAUAAUAAAAUGAAGUGACUGUAUAAUAUUUGCAUUUUAAAAGCCAAAAAGGUUGUACUGUUGUAUGCAGUUCAGUGAUUUUGUAGGAGUGCUUUUAUAGAAAAGCAUAUGAAAUAUACACCUGUAUUUAUUUUCUGCGACAAAGAAUAAAGAUUUGUUUUGUGUGAGCUUUC